AUGGAGGGCCUCUUUUUCAACGUCAAUAGCGGCUAUAUCGAGGGGAUUGUCCGUGGAUAUCGGAACAGCUUGCUUAACGGGCAACACUAUUCAAAUCUGACACAAUGUGAGACUAUUGAUGAUGUUAAACUGCAGCUGGCUCCUGCAUAUGGCGACUUUCUCGGAGCUCUUCCUCCCAACCCCUCCACCUCUGCCCUGGCUGGCAAGAUGACCGACAAGCUUGUUGCCGAGUUCCGGUACCUCCUCGCACAGGCCACAGGGUCUACCGCAAGAUUCCUAGAGUACCUCACAUACGGCUAUAUGAUCGAUAACGUCGCUUUACUCAUCACCGGAACGCUGCACGAACGUGACACUCGGGAGCUUUUGGAGCGGUGCCACCCCCUUGGAUGGUUCGAAACCUUACCCGUACUGUGCGUCGCGACGAAUAUCGAAGAACUAUAUAACUCUGUGCUGGUCGAAACUCCGCUGGCUGGCUUUUUCAAGGGCAGCCUAAGCCACCAGGACUUGGACGAACUCAACAUUGAGAUUGUGCGGAACACACUGUACAAGAACUACCUGGAAGACUUCUACAAAUUUGUCACCACACAUCCAGACUUCAAGGGAACGCCAACACAAGAAGUAAUGGCGGAAAUUCUUGAAUUCGAGGCGGAUCGACGUGCUAUUAACAUCACACUGAACUCUUUCGGCACGGAGCUCUCUAAGCCUGAGCGGAGGAAGCUCUACCCCGAAUUCGGCAAAUUAUAUCCCGAAGGGUCACUGAUGCUUUCUCGGGCCGACGAUAUUGAAGCUGUCUCGCUGGCCGUCAGUAUAUCCGCGGACUACAAGGCAUUCUUCGAUGCCGUCGGUCUCACCCAAGGCGGAGGUGGUCUUGGCGGCAUGGGUGGCUCUGAUGGAAAGAGCCUGGAGGAUUUAUUCUAUCAAAAGGAAAUGGAGAUGAGCAAGCUCGUUUUCACCCGACAGUUUACUCCUGCUAUAGUAUACGCCUGGAUGCGGCUAAAGGAACAGGAAAUUCGCAAUGUCACCUGGAUCUCUGAGUGUAUUGCCCAAAACCAGAAGGAGAGAAUCGGAAAUUUCAUAUCCGUCUUCUGAGUUCGUUUAGCCUGUAUCUUCAUAUCUUCCACAACCCGUCACCAGCGGACUCACUUCUGCCACGUCCUCAAUAUUUCUGUUUUUACUU